AUGACUCUUACACCCAAGCGCAAGUGGUACGUAGCAUUUGUGAUUGCAGUUGUUUGCACCAAUGAAGGAGCAUCUCGAGUUCUAGAUAGAACCUCCACGGUCAGUGCUGCAGGAGUACGUUUAGUGGAUGGCCCAAACAUCUGUUCUGGCAGGGUGGAGGUUUAUUAUGCAGGCCAGUGGGGUACAGUGUGUGAUGAUGACUGGGACCUGCUGGAUGCCAAGGUAGUGUGUAGAGCGCUGGGCUGUGGGGUGGCGCUGGAGGCCCCGGACCAGGCUCACUUUGGCCAAGGCAGGGGGGAGAUCUGGCUAGAUGAUGUGCAAUGUUCUGGGAAUGAAGAGGCACUGCUUGGUUGCAGCUCAGUUGGACCGGGGUCACACAACUGUGGACAUUCUGAGGAUGCAGCAGCGAUAUGUGAGGGGCAGUCAGGUCCAUCCCCUUCAGAUUUCCAUUCUGACUUGACAGUGCGCCUAGUUGAUGGUCCGAACCGCUGCUCUGGCAGGGUGGAGGUCUACCAGGAUGGGAGUUGGGGGACAGUCUGUGAUGAUAACUGGACUGUGCUAGAUGCCCAAGUUGUAUGUAGGGAGCUGAGCUGUGGACCAGCCACAGAGGCUCCUCACCAGGCUCACUUUGGUGAGGGGAGUGGCUCAAUCCUAUUGGAUGAUGUGGCGUGCAUGGGAAGUGAGGGAUCUUUACUGGAAUGCAGCUCAGGAGGGAUAGGAAACCAUGACUGUGGCCAUGAUGAAGAUGCCAGUGUAACUUGCAUGAUGGAUGGCAUUUCCAGAGUGCGUCUGGUCAACGGUCCCAACAACUGCUCUGGUAGAGUGGAGGUGUUUGACUCUGGCCAGUGGGGUACAGUGUGUGAUGAUGACUGGGAUCAGAGGGAUGCUCAGGUGAUGUGCAGAGAGUUGGGCUGUGGAGAAGCACUAGAGGCCUUUGGAUCUGCCAGGUUUGGAAAGGGCAGUGGCUCCAUCUCUCUGGAUGACUUGGCCUGUUCUGGCUCUGAAGACUCUUUGCUGCAGUGUCCCCACAGUGGCCUGGGUAACCAUGACUGUGGCCACCAUGAAGAUGCAGGAGUCACCUGCGCUGGUCCUACAGAGAACAGCAGCAUUUCCAGAGUGCGUCUGGUCAACGGUCCCAACAACUGCUCUGGUAGAGUAGAGGUGUUCCACUCUGGCCAGUGGGGCACAGUGUGUGAUGAUGACUGGGACCUGCUGGAUGCCAAGGUAGUGUGUAGAGCGCUGGGCUGUGGGUUGGCGCUGGAGGCCCCGGACCAGGCUCACUUUGGCCAAGGCAGGGGGGAGAUCUGGCUAAAGGAUGUGCAAUGUUCUGGGAAUGAAGGGUCACUGCUUGGCUGCAGCUCAGAUGGACUGGGGUCACACAACUGUGGACAUUCUGAGGAUGCAGCAGCGAUAUGUGAGGGGCAGUCAGGUCCAUCCCCUUCAGAUUUCCAUUGUACGUACCCUUCAGAUCCAGAUUCCCAUUCUGACUUGACAGUGCGCCUAGUUGAUGGUCCCAACCGCUGCUCUGGCAGGGUGGAGGUCUACCAGGAUGGGAGUUGGGGGACAGUCUGUGAUGAUAACUGGACUGUGCUAGAUGCCCAAGUUGUAUGUAGGGAGCUGAGCUGUGGACCAGCCACAGAGGCUCCUCACCAGGCUCACUUUGGUGAGGGGAGUGGCUCAAUCCUAUUGGAUGAUGUGGCGUGCAUGGGAAGUGAGGGAUCUUUACUGGAAUGCAGCUCAGGAGGGAUAGGAAACCAUGACUGUGGCCAUGAUGAAGAUGCCAGUGUAACUUGCAUGAUGGAACAAGAAGACCCAUUUAGAAACAAUGCCUCCGUAUGGGCCUGGUUUGGUAUGGGAGAUGGUAUUCCCAUUCUUCUGGACAACAUGGACUGCCCCUCUGAUGUGAUAGGUCAGUACAACUACAUGCAUCCUGAGGAUGCGAGUGUUGUCUGCUCAGAUGUCAUUUCCAGAGUGCGUCUGGUCAACGGUCCCAACAACUGCUCUGGUAGAGUGGAGGUGUUUGACUCUGGCCAGUGGGGUACAGUGUGUGAUGAUGACUGGGAUCAGAGGGAUGCUCAGGUGAUGUGCAGAGAGUUGGGCUGUGGAGAAGCACUAGAGGCCUUUGGAUCUGCCAGGUUUGGAAAGGGCAGUGGCUCCAUCUCUCUGGAUGACUUGGCUUGUUCUGGCUCUGAAGACUCUUUGCUGCAGUGUCCCCACAGUGGCCUGGGUAACCAUGACUGUGGCCACCAUGAAGAUGCAGGAGUCACCUGCGUUGGUUCUGCUUCCGGGGCCUUCUGAAAGCAUGUACUGUAGAGAUCUCAUCCAUCCAGUCUAGUAGUAACAAUGGUCAACCAUAUAUACUGUAUGUACAUUCAAAUUAUAUUUCUAUGAUACCACCUCUCUCCUCCUGGGACAUGCUGGUGUGCAAAUCAAACACACUAAUAAAAAUACAGUACGGAAAACCAUUAUCUGUAACAAUUGAAUUCUGACCAGAGGGGAUUUUCUUGCUUUCAGCAGGGAAUGUGGCAUCCAACUAUUUAAAAUCCUGCCUCAUGUAUCAUUCAUAAAAGCCCUCUUUAAUGACACAAUGCCAAGAAGGUUGCUGUGUCAGAGUUUCCAGACUGAGAAGGUGAAGACAACCCAGGCCAGCCAAGCCCCAAAGGCCUUCUAAAUUUGAACUCCAAUAUAAUUCAAAUGCAAUCACAUGAGGUAUAAGAUUAGUAUGCAUAAGGUGUUGAAAAUUAUUUGUGUAGUGUUGACAAUACUGUAACUUCAAUUAGGAAGUGAACUGAAAUACAAUUCAAAAAAAUCAUCAGAGAAAAUA